AUGAAUGGUCCAUCGAAUAUUGAACAACAAAAAUCACCAUCAAUGUUGGUCGAAGCGAAAAAAAAUGAUGAUGAACAUCUAUUUCUUCAUAUGCCUGAAGGUGGUUCAAAAAUUUUUCUACCACUACCAUUGUUUCUUCCGUUUCCAUUUCCAAUUAUUGAAGAUGUAGAAAAAAUUUAUCAUCGUAAAAAAGUACUAGUGCUAACCGAACAUAAACCGAAAAAGAAAAAAUAUAAAACACCAAAAUAUGAAGACUUUCAUCAUUAUGAUCUUGGUAAAGGUUAUGAAGAUUAUAAAUAUGAUAAUAAAGAUGAUUAUGAAGUUAGCUCAUCAGAUGCUAUUCCCAGUGUUUAUGAUAAACAUUUACUCGAUCUUGAUGAUGAUUAUUCAAUAAAAGAAUUAUAUAAACCUAAAAAGAAGAAAAAAAUCACUGUUACCGGACCAAUGUCAGAAUUCGAUGAAGAUCCUACUAAACAUUUUCCAUUUGAACCAGAUGAAGGUGAUGAUGUUGACCAUGUAGAAUUCUCCACAGAAGAUGGUCACUCAAAAGAUAUUAAUCCAACGACAAUAAUGGAUAAAAUUCGUAAAUUUUUAACACAAGAAAAUAUUAAACUUAAAGUUAAUAUUGAUUAUAAUAAACGUAAACGUAAACGUGAACGUAAAGAAGAGCCAAAACAACGAACUCGUUCAAUUGGAAAAAUGAUUGAUGAACAGAUUAAAAAACUUGAAGAUGAUGAACAUGAUUUUCAUUGA